AGGGCGGUCGGGGAGCCAGAAAGGAAAGUGAAAGCUUUGGGGAGAGGGUCUGGGGGGACAGAGGGUAGGAUCCACGUCCCAGGGGUGGGCUGAGGAGAGGGGUCCCGGGGAGGGUCCAGCCGAGCCUAGGGAAAGAACGGACGAGCAACCUAAAGUGGGUCUGUCCCGAACUCAGGGACAGAACUCAGGGCUGCGGGGACCCAGUGGAGACCCGGUCCUGUCCCCUGGAUCCACAACCGGACGGCGCCCCGAGAACUGAGACCACGCCUAUCCCCACCGCCAGGUGCGUCCUGCGCACUCCGGGAAGACGUGGGCACCGGGGACCAUGCUCCUCCUGCCCCUCCCUUCUGCUGUCCUGGGAAAUCUUCCUGCCUCUUAGUGUCCAGGCUACUGAAGGGAAGGGAGGCGCCCCCGAGCUUGCGCGGGGUUGGGGGGGGGUUCCAUCGGCUCCCCACCUGGCAGGGAGGAAGGAGUUGGGGAGCAAUUGAACAGAUUAGUAAGGUGGAGGUGGAGUGAAAUGAGGGGCUGUCAGACUAGCUAGAGUUGACCUGGGAGAAGGUACCAGUCCCCCUUUAGGGGCUCCAGAUCACCUCUCCUUCCUUACUGCCUGGAGCAGGGACCCAGAUGUUAGAGGGAGUGGCUGCUCUUGGCCCUGAGGCUGAACAGCCCAUCCUGGCCACCUUCCACAGGAAACCUGACCUGGGGGACAGAACAGGAAGGAAAUAGGUGGGUGUGGGGCUGGGAAGGAGGAAGGGUGGCACAGGACAUCUCAAGGGAGGGUGGUGAGGGUGCAGGGCUGGGCAGCACCAUAACUGUUAGGGGCCAAACCUGGGCCCAAAUAAGAGCUGGGCCAGAGGUUUGGUGAUCACUCUCUUUUGCCAACUGACCCAACUCUAAGGCCUCCUCUUAAAGCUUCCUGUAGCCUUCUGGUGUGAUCUUGGGUGAGUUAAUUAAUCAAGCUCAACUGUAAAACGGGAUAAUGGACACUUUCAUAAGAUCAUUCUAAGCAAUGAACCAUAUGAUCUAAGACUCUAGAAUAGUCUCUGACAGAGUAAACAAGUUUGCUGUGAUUAAUUUUCCCCCAACCGUGUGUGUGUAUUUGCUCAGAGCUUGGCUCUGUCCUGUCUGGUUUCUUGUCUUCCACUAGCCUAUGAGCUCCUGGAGUGCACUGCUCAUCUCUUCUCUGAUCUGGCAGUCACUUGCCCUCCUGAGGCUACUAUAGUCCCAUCAGGAUUUAAGGAGAGGAAAGCUUUAGAAACCAAGGUUAUCCUGUGAAACUGCACCAUAAGGGCUGAGGACAUAGUUCACAGUAGUGCUCACCUAACAUGUGCAGGGUCCUGAGGUUAUUGCCAGCACAGCAAAGGAGAAGAAAUGCUCUUGGCAGAAGCCAGAACCUUUCUGUCUUUGGGGAGCUUGUGGGAUAAGGGAGGAGCUGGGAGAGAUUCAGAGCAGAGGAAGAACAGGUGUGAAAUCUUGGGCACUGGUUGUUCCUGUGGGGCUCAGGGGAACCAGAACUAGUGUGGGUCAGACAGUCUGCAAAGGAUCCUGGGGAGAGGGGCCUGAAGCAGCAUUGUUGGGGUGGGGUAUACAGAGGAAUGGUGCCUUCCGGGUUGAAGGCUGGUGAGGUAAGGAGGAAAGGUAGCUCCUCAAAGCCUCACCAGAAAGGCAGAACAUCCUAGCUGCCUCCCUUAGGGCCCAAUUUUGGGAGACUCCAGUCUUUGAAUUUUAGGAACUGUAGCUAAGAGGCCCAGCUUUGACAUCUGGCUCUGCCACUUACUGUUUGACCUUGGGUUUGCCAUUUGUAUGCAUAGAGCCUCAGCUUGGCCAUCAGUAAAAUGGGGACAGUGGCACCCAAGUCCCUGGCUGUUGGCAGGCCUGAGACAAUACUGUAAAACACUUUGCGGUGCCUAGCACACUGGGACACCCCAUGAAUGGAGGUGUUUGUACUGCUUCGGGCUGAUUUUGCCGACAGUGCUGGCGUUGGUCCCUGGCUGGCUUGACCCAGAGGAGAGUCCAAGGAGCUGGGCCCACCAGUGCACUCAGUGACUGAGGCCAGCUGCCAGAGCAGGACCCUGUGGAUAUAACUGCUCAGGUGUACCACAGAUGCAGAAGUCCACCUACUGCCCUUGACCUCGGUGUGGAUCUGGAAGGAAUAUGGUUCCUGCAGCUCCACGCAUGUACCCAUCUCUCCAGGACACCAGCCUGCCCGCCAGCUGGCCUGGGGUUUGGACCCUCUUGCAGCAGCUCCCUCCGCAGGACAGUGAUGUGCGCCUCCCUGCCCAGCUUCCCUCUGUCCUUCUUUCUGUACAAUGAGAAGGGCCUUGGUCCCAGUUAGGUGACAUGGAUUUAAGGACUAGCUCUGCCACUAGCUGGGGGAAGUCACUCCUCUCAGCCGAGUUCUCACAUCUAUAUGAUGGGCCCAGUACCAUCUGGUCUGCCUAUCAAAGCUUUCUUCACGAGCCAAUGAGAAAUGGAGGACUGAAAUCAAUAAUGGAAUGGACAAAUGUAAAGCAUGGUUGCUUCAUAUUUAUUGAGGCCCUGUGUGUCCCAGCCUAAAGGCAAACAGUUCAGUUGGGGUGGAAGACAGGAGCAUGAGAGAUUAAACAAACACCUAGGCAGAAAGUAACAGGGCAGUGCCGUGGGCUAUCAGGGCUCUGAGGGGCUGUUGGGGGGGACUGAGGCUGGCUUUACUGCACCCCUCUCCUGUGUCUAUGCUAUUUUCUCCCAUGUUCCUCCACCUCCACCGAGCAGCUAAGUCUUUCAGAAUUCUCCAGCCAACUUUUCUGCCUUGCCUGUGGGACUGUCUCUGUCACAGCGGAAGCCUCUUUUUGCAGGAGCGCUACUACCUGGCCCUGGGGGAGGAGGAGCUGGUGGAGCUGCGACUCUUCUGUGCCCAGCGGAAGCAGAAGGCCCUGGGACAGGGGGUGGCCCAUUUAGUACCCCCUGAGCUUAAAGGAGACACCUGUGAGAAGUGCAGGCAGCAGCUGAAGCCAGGAGAAGUUGGAGUGUUUGCCACCCCUGAGGGCAAGCAGCGCUGUUGGCACCCGCACUGCUUUGCCUGCCAGGCCUGCAGCCAGGUCCUGAUGCACCUCAUCUACUUCUACCACGAUGGGCAUCUCUACUGUGGCCGUCAUCAUGCUGAAUUGCUGCGGCCGCGCUGCCCAGCUUGUGAUCAGCUGAUUUUCUCUCAGCGCUACACCGAGGCAGAGGGAAGACACUGGCAUGAGAAUCACUUCUGCUGCCAAGACUGCUCCGGGCCUUUGUCUGGGGGGCGCUAUGCCCUGACCGGGGGCAGUCCUUGCUGCCCCAGGUGUUUCAAGAGUCGCUAUCCAGACACGGGCUCUAGCCCACAGAGGGCACCCGAGGGGUGGGCAUCCCCAGGGGCGCCCGGACCCGACCGCAGCAGAGGAAGCGCCCAAGCCCUUGGGAGAGCCGUGGCUCAAGUCCCCCGCAGCAGCCCGGACAUCCUGAGAGGGCGAGUCCGCCCGAAUGCGUCCCGGGACCCCGAGGAGCGCACCCCCUGUCCCACCUGCUCCUCGUCCUCAGAUUCAGAACCCGAGGGCUUCUUCCUAGGCCGGCGCCUUCUCCGGCCCCGGAAGAUCCCGGAGGACAGCGCCGCCUCUGAGAAGCGCUGCUCUGUGUGCUAGCGGCGCGGCGCAGCCUGACAGUGCGGGCGGCGUGUGGCCGACCGAGUCUAAACGCAACCGGGCACCCUGGGGGAAGCGGCCAGGUGGCAAGCGUUAGCACUGCGCGCCCUGUGACUUCUGGAGACUUUUCGGGAAGCCCAGUUCCCUGAAGAUGCGCUUCCCUGCGGGACAGCCCACCUCCACAGGCUCCCUGGUCCGGAGCCAAUGUAAUGAUUUUACUCAGCGUGGGUGACGGCGGGCGGCGGCGGAACCGGCGGCCUGGAGGUACCCGCAGGUGGACCAGCGGCAGGGGACUGGAAAGCCGGAUUGCGCUCCUCUCCUCGCGGAGCUCGUGGGCGCGCAGACGGCCCGGCCCUCUCUGCUGAGCACCUCUAGGCCGGUGGCGGAAGUGCUCACCGGAAGUGCGUCAUCCGAGCGCGCCGCCGUGGGGCGUCGCGUGAACCGGUGCGGAGGUCUGAGGUGCUGGUAUGGCUUCCAGCGGGGUCCCGGUGGGCGCUGCUAGCUCUGCAAACGAAACCCCCGAAAUUCCGGACAACGUGGGAGAUUGGCUCCGGGGCGUCUACCGUUUUGCCACCGAUAGGAAUGACUUCCGGAGGAACUUGAUCCUCAAUUUGGGACUGUUCGCUGCAGGAGUUUGGCUGGCCAGGAACUUGAGUGACAUUGAUCUAAUGGCACCUCAGCCAGGGGUGUAGCCCUCUAG